UGCCAUAAUUACAGCCAUGGAUUCCAUAGUGAUCAUUAGUAAAUCUGCCCCUUAAUCUUUGCUAGCAAUUCACAUCCUCUUUGGGUGUAUGUUCAGGCAUUGGUUUUAAUUACAUAAAUAAUUAACAAUAAUAAUAUAUUUAAUAGAUUUCACUUUUUUAUACUGUAACUAUUUUAAAAGUUUUGUAUGAGAUAUGUUACAUAAAUUAGCUGGUAGAUAGUUGAUAGAUAGAACUAUAAAGUCAUAAUGUUAUAAAAAAUACUGUACAAGCAAAGAGAUGGUGUUAGUCAUUUGUGAUGGAACAGGAAGCAAUGAAGCACAACUGGCCCUGGGGUGUAAAGAUGGUUCACUGUCAGCUUAGGCAGCACUCCUUUGUGAAUGGAAUUCUUUGGAAGACAGAUGGGAGUACAUAAUGUUACAAUGUGGAAUACGGAAUGAGAUGAGAUCACAGCACCAGCCUGUCCAUCCUUUGUAAACCUGGACAAUGAUCAGGGGUGCAGAAUCCUGCGAGCGUAUUUAGGAGCUGCUCAUUCUGGUUUCAUUCAAGCUGCUGGACACAAGUCUACCUCAGGGAGAAAUGAUCAAGCUACACAGAAAGAGCUAUAAGAACUUAAAGAAUAUCAGAGCUACUUCUCCUUCCAGGGCAUGCAAAUCAGCCAGAGAAAAGACUUCAGCUGCUCAGAAGAAGACCCAUGUGAAUAAGGGGGCACUGUCUUGUGAUACACAUCCCCACCUGGCUCAGGAACUUGUUGCACAGCAAGUGGAGCUCCUGCAAGCUCUUCACAGAAACAAUGACAUGUGGAGACUUGCAGUGGAGAACACUACGAAGCACAUUCAAAGCACUGAAAAAAAAUCAUCACGAUUUAGCCGACGCAAACAAACUGCACAGCCCAAAACUAAAAGCCUUAGCACACCGCCAGCCUGCAGCUCAGACAAACAGAAUGCCCCCAAUGUUCCCGCUUUGCCCAUCAGCUAUGAGACACUGGGGUGCAGAGAUCAGCGACCACAGAACCCCAAAGAUGAAGCCACUUUGCCCCUUACUACCCAGACUGUCCCAAAAAGAGCACCAAGUCUACUGGAGAAAAUUGGGUUGAAGCUAAAGAGGACUGUGGAAUAUAUUGGAGCUUCUAACUGUGCCUUUGAAGACGACUGAAGGAAGACAUACCAAAAUAAACAGCUCAGCCAGGCUCUACACUUGCCAAUGACUGUAACAAAGCCAAAAAAUGCUGAAAAUAUAUUUAUGCUGUAACUCUUUCACUGCUGGUGCACUAGCAACUCAUUUGCACAAAGGAAAGAAUAGCACAUGAUUCUAGGUUAUGUGGUGUCGAGUUCUUGGUUGUCUUGCUACCUCCUAGAAAUAUUGUUUGGAAUAACUGCCAUAGCAUUAACACCCUUAUCGAAAUGAGGAGGACCCUAAAUCAAUUGGUUUCACAAAAUAUUUUUAUUAUUUUAAGAUAUUUAAUGUUUCAAUCCAGUGAUCCUUCCAAGUGUUAGAUUGUUUUCACAUGGGCAACCAACUGGUUCAUGAUGUGAAAUGGGAAUUCAGCUAGUUUGCACCAGAUUAUAUUUUAGAGGAAUCACUGGAAUCACACCGGUAAAACAUUAAAUAUCUAAGAUAUCUGAUAUUGAAUAACAAAGACUGUUUUGUGAAGCUAGUUAAUUAACUACAUCCUCUACAACAUGUUUUAUUUUAAAUAUCUGAAAGUUUUCCUGAGAAAAGACAAUAGAGACUAUAAAUGUAUCUAAAGGCACUAAAGGUUUCUCAUUGGACAGAAUGAGAAUGGACAUUAUAUCUGGUUCCUAAAAUAGUAGUGCGGGUAGGGUUGCCACCUUUAUUGGAAAAAAAUGCCGGCCUUCCUAUAUAUUUAUCUUUUUUCCUUAUUAAUAACAUUAGGAUCAGCCAUAAUUUUAAGGACCAGGCCGGUAAAAUACUGGCCAGGUGGCCUAAGUGCAGGCAAUUUGUGGUGGAUUUUCUGGUCCCUCAGUAUUCAAGGCAAUAUGGCUUUUGCCCUAUGUUGUUGCCAGUGUCCCACUUAAAGCCUUUCAGCUUGUAAAACCAAAAAAAAUCCAUUGUUCCUUUGUUCAAUUUAAGAUUCUGAAGAGGGCAGGGGGAGGGUAUGAGCCUGCUCCUUGCUGUGUUUUUGUGCUCUCCACUUCCUCUAUUGCCCAAGGCAGACAUCCACCGUGCCUAACCCUAGUCCUUAUAAUAAACUAAAUAUAUUCAGCCUUUAAGGUCAGCUCACCAGAUCAAGCUGAAAUAAGCUUCCAGUAACAGAGCAUGCUGUGCCAAUAUUAAAUACUGUAUAAAAAUGUUUCUUGACCACCAUUAUCUUCUAAAUUGACAUGUGGUUUAAAUGGUGACACUAAUUCCAAAAUGAUGACCAUGGAGAAGGAAAAUACGUCUCCUGGCCUAAUAUGUUUUAUAUUAUUUAUGUUAUUUAUUCAAACCUAUAUUAUUUAUCUGUGAAAUGUUAUUUGCACUUUCAUAGAAAUAAACUGUGUUUAGUGUUGA